GUAACAGCACGAUCUCUCGUCGACUAUGUAUUUUGAAAUACGUACUACAAGUGCGAACUGUUGACCUUGAACUGUAUCACAGAACUUUUCCCCUAUUGAUCGUUAUUAUAGUAUGUAAAUGACGAUUGUAGGCAGAGAAGCGAUUGAUACAUUCGAGUAAUGUAAAAUAAUAGAUCAUUUUUCGAUUAUUUUGAGAGACGAUACAGCUGUUACAGCACGAUCUUUUCGACAUCCUCUCGAUAGAUCGGAAAAAAAAGCUUUGUAUACUAUUUCUUAUGAAAGUGACCUAUCUCCGCCUGCAACAUUACGUUCGCACGAUAAUAAUGUAUAUAUGUAUAUACGCAUAAUCGAUAAUUUUUGCAGAGUAACAUUUCUUUGAAAAUGAAUCCCUUGAACCGGCAAGUUUGUCUCUGCAGGGAGUAAUACGUGCCUACGUUUGCUUCGGAACAACAUAAUUCGCACGAGUAAACUGUUCGCAAAGUUCAAACGAAAGUGUCGAAUUUGAUAUAUUCGAUGCAGUGGUCAGCGUAUAAGCUGAAAUGUUAAAGUAACAAUACGAAUCAAAAGUGUUUCGAGAUCAGGAUCGUUUCUAAUAGUUAUCGAGGCCAAUUUAACCAUUAAUUUGGAAAAUCAUGACUACGCGCGGCGGCAGUUCGGUGUCUUGCGAGGAUGAUGGCCUCGACGUUUCCGGCAAUAACAAGAGACCGGUAAAGAUCAAGGAUGAAGAAGAAGAAGCGGCAAAGAGAUUGGUAUGCAGGCUGGACACCAACGGCCGGCUAAACCUGAAGGAUAUUUUGUUGUCCUUCAAUGGACCGGUCAGCCAGGAACGGGCAUGGGCGUUGUGCUAUCAAACGGCCAAAAGAUUGUCGAGUCUACCAGAUCAGAAUUUCUACGAGAUCUCGGAUCUAUCGCAGAUCGUCCUUCACAAGGAUGGAGACGUAUGGCUCGGCGAUCUAAUCGAAUCGAAGCAGCCCUCCGUAUCCGAGCAGAAAGCGAUGUUGUCACUGGGCAUGAUGAUAUUUAAAGCGCUUGAUUUUGGCCUAGACGAGCAAGAGGAAAGACUAUUAUCACCGGAUCUAGAGGAACUCAUUACGAUAAUGACCAGUUUAAAUGAAGAAUGUGAAGGGGAAACAGAAGAUCGUCCGCAGGUAACGGACGACGAAGGUAUCGAGCGGGACUCCAGUGAUAUCGAUAUAGAUGAAUUUUUAUUACAAAAGCGUCAUGAUACGUAUGAACACCGGUCGUCUAUAUAUUCGUUAAAAGAUGUGAUGGAAUUAUGUACCAGGCAUAUGCAAACUAGCGUUCAGUCUGCCGAAACUCAUUUCAAAGCUGUAAUACGGACAUUUGUAGCGGAGGCUUUGGAACUGUCCCAGUUAGUGAACAUUGGGGUGUCUGAACAACUAAAAUCGAGUCAAAGGGGUACCAACAACAACGAUGGCAAUAGGAUAAAUUCUAUGUCUGUCCAGAACCUUGAUACUUUAGAUUUUAUCGACUGGACUGACAUUAGGAUUUGGAGAGCUAUACAAGCACGGUUUUGGGUGCAAGUUAUCCAAGAGUUGCGAAAAGGGGUGAAACUGAAAAAGGUAGAAGCCAACUUGGGUGCCAAGAGCACAGCCCGUGGCCACGGGAAGAGGGCGGAGUUUGAGUUAACGCCGUACGAAGUCUUGAUGGACGAUAUUAGAAAAAGGAGAUAUCGCCUAAGGAAAACACCCUCGCCGUCGCCACAUUUGCGAAAAGACGCCCACGCGGUUAUUCUAGAAUUUAUCAGGAGUAAACCUCCGUUGAAAAAGGCCUCCGAGAGACAACUACCACCGCUGCGGAAAGAAUGGACCCUGCGAGAAUUACUUAUGGAGAGCAUCAAAAAGCCACCGAACCUGAGACCGUCCCGAAACAGAUACAUACCAAAGAACGAACGACCGUCCCAAAAACCUGAUCAAACCCAAAGUAGUGCUGACAACAAAGGAAAUGAAACGACUCCGAUACCGAAACCUCCUAGGAGAGAUCUUGACGGUUCGAAUUCUACAACAACCAGGCGGAAAGUAAUACCCGUGGAUUUUGAUUUAAAGCUCGAUGCAGAGGACGAAGAUGAUGACGAAGACUACAAUGAAGAGUUUACAGUUACAAGAUUUGAGGAAGAGGAUGAAGCAACGAAUUAUUGGCAACUGAAAGAAGACUACACUUUCGGAGACAGGAACAGCACUUGCAACAGGCAUAAAGAUCACAGAGACGACGACGAGGCAGAUUCUGCGAAUCCUUGGCGAAAGACAGGUGGACUCCGUCUGACAAGGAACGAGUAUCACCGGUUUUGCGACGCUCAAUUGGAAUCCUAUGAUCUGGCAACCCAAUGCCCAUCUAGAAGAGCAUCGGCUCGUAAACACGCAGCCAGACGCAGUAUAGCAAUCACAGCAUUAACUGGUACCGCAUCUCUUCCUCAUUCAAGACCUCAGAGUCGCCAGCACAUAGGUGUGACAGAAUCGACGUUGAGCCAGGGGCCGAGCCCUAACAUCAGUCUGAACCCGAGUCCAAGUUUAAGCCCUCAACCAAGAGCUAGACAACCUCGCCGUUCUCAAACGAUUGCUGAAGGUUCAACAAAGGAUUCUGAAGAUCACAAUGAAGACUGGCAAGAAGAUAAAGGACAGAAACCUACGUUAGGUGAUAUGUUCUUGGAUGAAAGGCUUUCUUUAACUCUCGAAGAAAUUGUGCAUAUUCGUAGUGUACUAACCAAAGCCGAAUUAGAAUCUCUGCCCGUGGAAGGACGUGUGAAGGAGGAUGUAGAAAAACGACGUGUCUGUUUCCUUUGCCUAAAAACUAGAUUUGGACUAUUAGGUCCUUGGGGACAGCGUUGUCGUUUGUGUGAAAGAACUGUGUGCAUGAAGUGUUACUCCAAAAUGCGAAUCCCUACGGAACAUUUUGCACAUGUGCCCGUGGUAUUACUAUCGCCCGGACUUCUUCUUUCCCCCUCAUCAUCAGAACCGGACACUAGCAAGAGUUCUUGGCUCAGGGGCAACGGGGCAGCAGGAUCUGCACCAGCGUCGCCAGCCUCUAGACGCAAAGAUUCAUCUCUGAAAAGCGUGACCCCUUCAUCCACGCCGACUACGACACCUGUUUUGAUACUCACACCAACCUCGACGCCACCUUCUCACGCGCGCAAAGAAACGGACCAUCUGGAUAAGAGAAGUUUAAAAAGCAGCGGCAGCCCAGCAAACGUACCAUCGCCGAAAGCGUUCACCGGCUUCAGCAGUCAGAGUUCGGAGCAACGAUUGGUCGCGGAACGACUGCGAGGCGUUUCUAUGGUCGUUUGUCACGACUGUCGCAUAAUGGUGAUACAGAUAAUUAAGAGUUCCAGAAUAACAAGGGCUACGUUACGCAACAAUGUCAUUUCUCGACUUACUUUGAACCUUUCGCCAGCUUACGUUUGAAACUCCACCCCCUGAUACCGGAUGUUCAAUAGUCGAUCAACCUUGGAUUGGAAAAGAGGCGCGUUUUCUCGUUCGCAAUUCUGAUAAGUGGAUUACAUCCUACUGUGCCAGUAAUCGAGGCACGUAGAUUAGAUUCCUUUUCCUUGUACCCAUCUCUCUUCUUGUUCUCCUUGCGAGGGUAAUAUUCUGCGAAUGGUUGGCAGUCUCUCUUCGAAACAACGAGCAUAUGUAUCAGUUGCUACGCAAAACUUCAAAAUAUUAUAUUGGAUCUAUUAUUCGGCAUGGAAUGGCCGUUGAAGGGUUGCACAGAGUCGUAUGAUAAUAUCGUGAAACUACUUUGUCAGCCUAAUUAGCAUCAAAGUUAGCAAAAUCUGUUACCGUUUACAAAAAAAGAAAAAAAAACAUUAAGACAAAUCUCGUUUCCAGAUAUGAAGAUUGAGAUGCACUAUACAAAGCAGGGUAGAUGUAAUCUGUUUUCGAUAAAAAUACGAUGGAAUCUAAGAGAUAAGGAAUGUAGUACGAGAAACUGAAAUAUUGUGGCAUCUAAUAUAGUCUAUGUACCUACAUUCAGGCUUAUAUCUAAGUAGUAUCGUUAAUGCAUGCAAAUUUGAGAUGAAAAAUGGUAUAAUUACAGAGUCAGAUAUUUCAUUAUGGUGGCUAAGGUUCCAGUUUUGGUUCGCAGCGGUGGUGAACUAUUUUUGCUUCCCAAUUCAAUGAUAAUUACUAUAGUAAUUAAUCUUAAUGGUAUAAAGCAGGAGAUACGCACUGUGUGCAUUCUCAGCUCAUAAACAAUGGGAAUCUGUUUAACUCGAAUAAUUGUUCCGGGCACGGAUAUUACGUGAAUUCGCCCCCCUACCUUGUUGUGAACACUAAAUCUAAGUAAUAUGGCGUAUAAAGCGAAAUAUAGUUGAGAAAAAUUGAUCAUAACGGGAUCAACAACAAAGUAAAAACUGUUGAGACAUUAAAUGUAACCGAUAUACGUAUUUCUGCCAGAGCAUCUCGUUUCACGUGACUGCAAAUUUGAAUCGGGUAAACACAAUUUGCUCUUUUUCGAUUCGUCAAUACAUAAAUUUGUAAGAUAAAAAUCCAUGUUGCGUCGUACCGUUUCAUUUUUCCUUAUUGUAAUCAUUACGAUUACGUUGUGAUACUGAUUUCGUUUAAUUUGUAACAUCAUUACCAUUGUUAAUAAUUCAAUUUAAGGUCCGAGAAACGCGUACCUAAGCACACAUAUUAUAUAUAUAUAUUUAACUUAACUAGGGAGAGAAUCAAACUUUGAAAACCCCAAUGUGAAGAGAAUGUUACAUUCGUUUCUGCGUCCGCGCGACACUAAUUUAUACAUUUAAGAUACAUCAUUUAAUUCGUAAAGUCAGUGUCGGGUGCACAAUUGUAUAAUAAGUCAGUUGUGAUUGAAUUUUGUUAUGAUGUUUGUGAUAUUAUUUAUUAUUUUGUGUAUUCCAUAUUUAUUGCGAUUAUUUAUUUAACUUUGCAAAACAAUAAGCAAAUAUUCUCCUUUAUAGUGUAAAUGUAAUUGUAUAUUUAUAUUUUCUGCGAUUCAUACGAAUAUGUAGCGCGAUCUUUAUAUAUAUAUAUAUCAUUUGUUGUUGUGAUCAUCAUUAUUAUUAUUAUUGUUUCUGCGAUUAUUAUUGGUUUUUCUUUACAGUAUUAAGUGCAGAAAAGAUGCUAAAUGUAACUGCGAAUAAAUCAAUUGUACGCUGAAGCAAAUUAAUAAGUUGAAAGGAACACAUUAAGAAGUGGCUCUUGUUGCAGACAGAUUUCUAGGAAAUUAGUACAAUGAAAUGGCUAUUGGCCUGUACAGAUUUAGUGCUGUUAAAGAGGAAAUGUACAAACGUAAACUGAUAGUGGUUCAGAGUACAAAUGAAAGGGAAUCGAAGAAUGCGAAUUGCACUACAAUUAAUGCUGAUACGGUCUAAACACUGAGUUGUAUACGUAACAGUGGAACUAUAAAUUUGUUAAUAUGUGUAAAGUAAAUUGGUGAACUCUACUAAUGGACAGAUGAUUUUCAGUUGAGAAUGGAGUUUAUUUAUUUUUUUAGUCACACAGCUAGAUUCCCAAUGGUUUCCAGCAAAAAUCAAAAUGAUAUCGCAGCAAGGCGCAAGAGGAUUUACACGACAGCUACUAGGAUAAUCAUCGAGUAUAAUAAUUUAUCAUUUUUUAUGUGCAAUAUAAUAUGUAUAUUAAUGAAUAAUUAUUAGAAAAUCUUGUUUUUAUGAAGAAAAUGACCAAAAUAUAUCAUAUUUCCAAUCCAUCACUCGAGAAGUUAUCUCCAAUAAAAAAAUGUUUUUCUCAUUUUAUAUUUUAUUGUAAAUAUUAAAAAAAUGAUAUAUUUGUAAAAGUUGUUUAGUAUUGUAAUUGCUCUUUCAUUCAUGACGGGGGGGUGUGUUUACAUAUACAUAAUAGAAAGAUAUAGUUUUUUGUUCUUUUGCAUGCGCGAGUAUUGAAAUUAUACCAAAAUCAAUAUUCUGUUUUUAACUUAAGCAACUGUAUACGAUCUUGAAAUGUGCUUAAUAUUUCUAGUCAACGAAUAAUAAUUAAUAUAAGAUUUUAUGCUACAAUAA